AGCUAAAGUCUCCACUUCUGCCUAAAACGAAAGACAGAGCAAGAAGGAGCUCUGUUCUCUGUCUCUCUCACCACUUCAAUGGAUUCCUCUGUUCUCUUCCACUCUCCAUUAAUGUCUGAACUAUCUUCUGAUUCCUCGGUCGACUCCUCAUCCACAUCUAACUCUUUUCUCCCCUUCAAUGUCGAUGACUCUGAGGAUAUGCUCCUCUUCAACAUGAUGCUCGCCGCUGCCGCCACCACUUUGGGUGGCGCCGCCAAUACAUCGAACUCCAACUCGGACUCCGAUGCCACCGCCAAUCUAUUGAAAGAGGAGGAGGUGGAGUCGGCAUCGACGCUGAGGCGAGAGCAAAUGAGGAGUUAUAGAGGGGUUCGUCGGCGCCCAUGGGGGAAAUUCGCUGCCGAGAUCAGGGACUCAACGAGGAACGGUGUGAGGGUGUGGUUGGGGACGUUUGACACGCCGGAGGCGGCAGCCAUGGCCUAUGACCAAGCCGCCUUCUCGAUGCGCGGCGCCAUGGCGGUGCUAAAUUUUCCGGUGGAAAAGGUCCGAGAGUCACUUAGGGGGGUCCGCUACGUCGAAGAAGGUUGCUCGCCGGUGGUGGCGCUCAAACGAAGACACUCCAUCCGUCGAAAGUCGGCGGCUUUGGCUGCCAGGGAGAAGGAGGUUGAGAGAAGAAACGAUACCGUGGUGGAGUUGGAGGAUUUGGGUGUUGAGUACUUAGAGGAGCUGCUUAGAGUCUCUGAUGUUGCAAGCCAUUGCUGAAUUGGUCUGAUAUUUCCAUCAUGUUUAGAUAUAUAUUUUAUGUUAGAAUGUUUUGGUAUAAUUUUUAUUAAGAUCAGCUAAAAAAUCAUUAAAUUUAUUUUGAGAUUAAUCUUGUAUAUAAAAAACUUGAAUUGUAUUAAUCACAAAAUUCAUCUUAAUACAAAUUAUUGGUCUGAUAAUUAA